ACUGACGAUUGUAAUGCCGCUGGGACUGUCCUCGCGUGAAGCCAUUGCCCGAUAUCACACUUAUUAAAAAAAAAAGUUGCGAUUAAAAAGUUACAUGUGCGUUAAACUUAAAAGAAAUAAAAACGAAACGCAUUAUCUAUUGCUUUGAAUUUCGUUAAAAAUUCGCGCGUAAACUUUCGUAUUGACAUUUGAAAAAAGAACUGUUGGUUUGGUUUGGUUGGUAAUUGUUUAAUAAAAAAGAUUGGAAUUUAUUUUUAAUUUGAAAAGUGAAGUGAACUCUUGUUAAUUGGGAUUCAGUGCGUGGAAGCCGUGCUGUGACAGACAGGCUGACAGUGUUGUGUGAUGGUACUCUGCCGCUCUACCGUUUGAGAGUGCAGCAUGAGGGGUGUUUAUUCUUUUCUGCUGUUGGCGCAUGCUGUGGCCGCCAUUACUGGACCAAGGAUAGAAAAUGAGUUCGAACGAAGCAGGCAGCCGGUGUUGAGUCAGACAGGCUUCAACGAUCAUCAGACGAGAUUUGGACCGUCUCCCUCACUUCAGACCUUCCAAGCACAACAGGCUGUAUUGAGCAGUCCACCGCCUCCCAUACAAUUCCCUCAACCGAUCUUCCAACAGCAACCUUACGUUCCUCAAUUCAACAAUUUGUUGCCAUCCCAAAACCUUCCCUUGCAGAACAAUAAUGGUUUCCAUUUCAAUCAACCAACCAUCAAUCCUCCGAUAAAUAGCUUCCAACAAGUUCCACAGCAAAAUAUACCUCAACCAAUCCCAACGUUGGCAUCGUUCCAGAGUAACCCGCUAACACUAUCACCACAAACGUUCAACCAAAAUUUAAAUAUUCCUCAGCAGAGGCCAACUCAGGCAGCUUUCCAUCCGACUGUGGCUGCCGUACAGAAUCAUGCUUACAAUGGCCCAAAUCCAAUUACAAUUCAAGCAGCCCCGAAUCUAGCUCCUCAAAAUUUCAACAAUGUUCAAAUUCCAUUUCAAUCAAGCAUUAAUCAGGCGCCUUUACACUCAAAUGGACAAUCAGUUGCUCAACUGCGAGAUUACUAUGAACAACAGUCGAAAGAAAAUCUUGAAAAAUUAAAAGAGCUUCAGGAGAGACAGCGAAUCAUACAAAAGCACCAAGAGUUUGUCCAGAAACAACAGCAAAAGCAACAGGAAAAAGUUGAGAAACUUCAUGAAGAGUUCAUAAGUAAGCAGGCGACAAAAUCCAUACCGACAUACACGACUACUGAAAACUAUGAAGACUUCUACAAACAAAAUCAGGAGAAACGCAGACCAUUGCAACCACACGAGACGGAUUUGUUUAGAAAGGCCAUUGAAAUGUACGAGAAGGAACACCCAACUACCACGACAACAACGACAACAACAACUACAACGACACCCCGUCCCCGACCUACCGCAAGAUACAGGACACGCCCACCCGCCAGGACGAGGGCUCCUCCACAAGACAGAAGCAAACAAAAACUUUACAAUGAAAUUAAAGAUCUACUCGAAGAGAGCGACACCAAAGGCUUUGAUGACAAUUUGAGAGCUAAGAGCGUUGCUUUACUCCAAAAACCGGAUAUCCUGAAACAACUUAAAGUAGCGUUAGCCGAAAAUCCUGAAGAUUUCAACGAGAAGAACUUUUCUUCGCGUGAAAUAUCCUUAAAUGGACAGAAAUUUGAAGUAAUAAGAACUAACAAUCCUAAUUUAAUACCAAAAGGCGCGAUAGCUGCCGAUAGCCCUGAUUUAGGUAAAUUUAUACAAUCUACCCAAGAGCCUCAAAAGGAGAGUCGCAUAUCAUUCGAAGAUUUAACGAAAGGAGUUUUACCGCCUGGUGCAAACUUUGAACUCAUCAAACAGGCUGACAACGGUAAACUGGAAGAAGUUUCCAGAAUACCUAACACACUUCAAAACAAAAAGAAAGUCACAUUUGUAUUCCUCGAAGAACAGGACGACGGUUCAUAUAAAGUUAAAGGUGUGAAAGCUAACGGCCAACAAACUGAAGAGGGCCCUGAAGUAGAAGAUAUAUUAAACAAAAUAAAGAAAGGAGAAAUACAACUUCCCGGCCCGACCAAAAUUUCUAACCCCGCAUACACAUCGACCACGGCGAAUCCAUCUACUCAAUCGACUGAUUAUAUCGCCGAGUCAUCUUAUCAUCCUUCGAGUUACCCCAAUUAUGUAACAACAUCUAAUUAUGGUACUUCUGGGCACACUAAUCCAAUACAGAGUACGCCACCGCCUACGUAUCCAUCAUACCGUAACUCUAUAGCUACUUCAACAAAGGCCACUCCGGUCAUACAGACCUUCCCACCUUCGACUCGAGGCACCACCACCGAGGCUCCACAACCUAGAUACGUAAUCAAAUCUUCGACGCCAACGUAUAAUAUAAACAGAAAUAGUUACAGCCCACGAAAUCCUUUCCAUAGCACCACAGUAUUAAACACUACUCCAGUAUAUACAACCAGGUCAACACCUCAAGAUAUUGUCGUCAUUGGAUCAUCUAGCACUAUUUCACCAAGCUAUGAAGAGUCAACUUUUAAUUCCAACUACGCCAGAAGUGGAACACCUGAUCUAAUAGAUAUUUUAAAAGAGAAUGGUCUAUUUGCGACAGCCAAAUAUUUGAAGCAGUCUGGUCUAGAUGCGAUACUAAAUGAAACGGGACCGUACACUAUUUUUGCUCCAACAGACAAAGCCUUCAGGACAUUGUUAGUGCAACUCGGUGGACCUGAUAAAGCUGAGGAGAAGUUCCGCGACAAUCCCCGACUGCUCAGUGGGUUGCUACUUCACCACGUGAUCCCUGGCGCAUUCGACGUGGGUUCCCUCCAAGACGAGAUGACGGGCGUGUCUCUGGCGGGCACGCAGCUCCGAGUCAACCAGUACGACAUGCACGACGUGGAGUGGAAUGAGGUUCGCGUCACCACCAUCAACGGCGCCAGAGUGCUGGAUGAUAAGAAGGAUAUACACAUCCCGCAGGGUAUAGCGCACGCAGUGGACCGAGUGAUGUUCCCGCUGCCAGUGGGCGACCUGGUGCAGACGCUGCAGGCAGACCGGGACCGCAGAUUCACCACCUUCCUCAAGGCUAUCUUCGCUAGCGGCAUGGCUGAUAUGUUAUCAGAGAGCAAAACAUACACAGUAUUCGCGCCAACGGACGCCGCCUUCGCGCGACUUCCUCCAUCAGAACUAUCACGCUACUCCGAGAAGCCUGCUGCCAAGGCGCUGGUGGCCAAACACGUGCUGCCCGGGACUUUGUACAGCGCGGGGAUGCGAUACUACCAGCUGAGAAACUCUAUGGAGGACUCUAAACCGUUGACCUUGCAGAAGAGUUCUGGUCGCAUCAAAGUGAACAACGCGCAAGUGGUGACGCACAACAUCCCGGCCACCAACGGCGUCAUUCACGCCGUGGACACGCUGCUGUGAACACGUCCGCACUACCACCCGCCUGAUUAGAUAUAAAAACUAUUACUUAGAGUUGCCACUUUUUUUGAAAAACAUCAGUAUUUUUUUUCUGCAACUGUCAACCAGUCUAAAACUGGUACUCUAAAAUCAAAUUUUCGAAUAUCCGCGCACCAUUGCUGUAUUUUUUAACCAAUUUCUAUGUGUUGAAUUUGUUUUGCUCGCAAAAAUCCAUUAUUAUAAAAUAAUUUUAGUAGAAUUCAAAUUCAGUUUUAAAAAUCUUCAAUUGAAUUAAUUAAGACUGCUGUAAUAAACUGCACAUAAAAAUUAUUUUGUAUUUCAGCAAAUAUUUUAUAACAUAUAUACAAAAUACAAUAUUCCAGUCAUUUUACAUACAAAAUGCUUAAAAGAUAACUAAAAGCGGAGACAAGCUACUAAGAUUCAGAGUCAAUAUUACUAUAGAAUUCAGACUAUUUAG